AUGCCGAUCAAGCUCCUGCAGCACAAGUCGUGGCACGUCUACAGCCAGGAGAACAUUGCGCGCGUCAAGCGCGACGAGGCGCUCGCCGAGGCCAAGGAGGCCGACGACGACCAGCGCUCGCUGCUCGCCGACUCGGAGGCGCGGCUCGACCGCAUGCGCAGGAGCGUCGAGGGCAACAAGCGCAAGCGGGACCGGGACGACGAGGGCGAGAAGGCGCUUGACCGGCAGCUCAAGGGCAAGGGGCGCGAGGAGGACGGCGAGCGGGAGGAGGACGUCCGGGCGACCAUCGUGCGGCCGGCUGCGGCGCAGGACGGCAAGGGCGAGGGCAAGGGCAAGGACCGGCCCAUGACGACAAACGGGCACGUCAACUUCUGGGCUGAGCUCGAGGACGGCGGCCAACCGGGAUCCUCCAAGCUCGAGUCGCGCCUCAAGAAGGUCAUCGCCGCCGAGCCCGACGACUCGCUCACCAAGGUGUACCUCGCCAAGAAGGGCGAGCCCGAGCCCGUCGGGUGGUACGCCUCGCGCGACGGCAAGACGGAGCGCGAGCGCAAGGGGUCGAUCGAGACGACGCUCGAGCGAACGUACCGCGACACCGAGUCGAAGCGCUUCUCGGACCCGCUCGCCCUCAUGAACUCGUACCUCCAGCGCCGCGACGACGUCCUCUCGGGCAAGGUCCGCCCGACGCCCCGCUCCCGCUCAAGCAACGCCACGCACUGGGACGACACGCCCCGCUCGACCAUGUCGUCGGCCUCGUCGUCGACCCGCCUGAGCGCCGGCGCCGCCGCGUUCGAGCCCGUCCUCCCCACGCUCCUCCCGCGCAAGCACGAGCGCCGGCCCGCCCCCUCGUCCUCGUCCUCUCGCCCUCGCCGCUCGCCCUCGCCCACAUCUCGCCCCACAGCCGCCGCGGCCGCCCCUCUCGACCCCGCAGCAGAAGCGGCCUCGCGCGUCGCGUCCGAGCGGCAGCGCGCCGCGGCGCUCCUCGCCGCGCGCAGGAAGGCGGCGCUGUCGUCGGGGAGCACUACGGCGAGCAGCACGCCGGCGAGGAGCGAGGGAGGCGGCGAGGGCGGCGCCGGGUGGGGCGUGUACAACCGCGAGGCGGUCGAGCAGGCGAGGGCGGCGAGGAGUGGUGCGGGAGGGGGAGCGUGGGAGGAUCGGAGAGGAGCAAGAGGAGGAGGAGGAGGAGGGUGGGCGGAGAAGAGGGAGCGCAGGGACGAGCGCGAGCGGGAUCGGGUCGGGGGAGGAGGCGGGCAGCGGUGGGGGCGCGAGCGGCGGUGAGGCUGCCUGUCUCUGGGUCGCACGCAACGCUCGACACCUCAUCGUG